ACAAAUUGUUCCUCCCAUUUUUAACAGAGCCACAGAGUGAGUGAAGCCACUUGGAGCAGGAUGGGAUCAGACAGGAGGACGUGUUGCCUCCAGCUCCGGCUGAUCGCAUGCCUUGCGUUUUUCUCUCUUUUCUCUCCAGGUGCUGGAUCUCCGGUAUAUGUGAUGUCUGCACCCAACCUGCUGAGAAUCGGAACAGAAGAAAGAAUUUUCAUUGAGAUUCAGGACAAUGUGAAUCCGAAUGGAGAUGUGACCGUUCCAAUACGUGUGAUGAACCAUCCAACCAAAGACACAACAUUCGCAUCCACAUCUGUGACUCUAACAGAUCAAACACACUUCCAGGCCUUUGCAAAAAUUGUGAUUCCUCCUGACACAUUUGACAAAUACCGUAAUGGAAAGCACUAUGUUACUCUUCAAGCACAAUUCCCUGAUCGAUUGCUCGAGAAGGUUGUGUUGGUUUCCUUCCAAUAUGGCUUCAUUUUCAUUCAGACCGACAAACCCAUCUACACACCCAGCAGCUCAGUUCGCUUCAGGAUUUUUCCGAUGUGGCCCGACAUGCAGUCCCCAUCGAAUACUUCAAUCAAUUUUGAAAUUGUGACCCCUGUUGGAAUUGUUAUAGAGUCUAAGAUCAUCUCACUCAAGAAUCUGGCGUCAGGAAUCUACUCGGCUGAGUACCGUCUGGGUAAUAUUGUCAGCUUUGGAAAUUGGAGGAUCGUAGCCAACUUUCACAGCAAUGCAGCAGAAAGUUUCACUACAGAGUUUGAAGUUAAAGAAUAUGUGCUUCCCAGCUUUGAAGUUAAAUUGUUGCUUCCACCUAAGACUCCCUUCUUCUAUGUUGACAGCAGUUCCCUCAAUAUCACCAUCCAAGCUACGUAUACGUUUGGUAGAGAGGUCGAUGGAACCGCUUAUGUGGUGUUUGGGCUCAUGAACGGCGAUGAAAAAAAGAGCUUUCCAAGUUCCCUUCAAAGAGUCCGGAUCCAAAAUGGUAAUGGAAUGGUAACUCUAUGGAAGAAACAUAUCACAAAAACCUACGAAAACAUCCUCAAUCUGGUCGGAAGGUCCAUGUAUGUAUCUGUCAGUGUGCUGACUGAGAGUGGUAGCGAAAUGGUGGAGGCAGAAUUAAGAGGAAUCCAGAUUGUCCAAUCCCCUUACACGAUCCGCUUCAAAAGAACACCCAAAUAUUUCAAGCCAGGCAUGUCGUUUGACAUAACGGUAGAAGUUUUGAAUCCAGAUGGUUCUCCAGCAGUGGGCAUACCUGUGUCCGUUACCUGUUCUGACGAAUGUGCUGGCCAAAACACUGGACUUUUGGCCACCACUGAAAGCAAUGGGAUGGCAAGACUUUCUGUUAACACCAUAGCUGAGUUACAAAGACUGCAAAUCACAGCAAAUACUAAUUAUCCUGAAAAUGAACCAAAUAGACAAGCAAGGGCCACAAUGGUUGCUCUACCAUAUAAAUCCUCAAGCAACAGUUUACUUCGCCUAAGUGUCUUCCAAGCAGAAGUGGAGCUGGGGAAAUCGAUGAAAGUCGACUUCUACUUCUCCAAACCAGAAAGUCAGGAAAAACACAUCACAUACCUGAUAUUAAGCAGAGGUCAGCUAUUGCAACAUUUCAGAGAAAAGAACAUUAAUCAAAACCAGAUAUCGGUGACGGUUGGCGUUACAAAAGAAAUGCUGCCAUCGUUCCGCAUUGUAGCCUACUACCACACCAGUUCAAAUGAACUGGUGUCAGAUUCUGUUUGGGUGGAUGUGACCGACACCUGCAUGGGAAAGUUGACACUGAAAACGAAAACGGCUGUUGCUAGCUAUGAACCUCAGAAGCCUAUCAGUGUGGUAGUAGAAGGAGAUCUGGGUGCCACUGUGGGAAUGGUGGCUGUUGACAACGCCGUCUACAUAUUGAACAACAAGAACCGCCUCACACAGAAAAAGAUAUGGGAUGUAGUGGAGCAAUAUGACACGGGCUGCACAGCAGGUGGAGGGAAGGACGGGAGGAAUGUGUUCUAUGAUGCAGGACUCUUGUUUGAGAGCAGUUAUGGUGGAACACCAUCCAGAACAGAUUUUAAAUGCCCCACUGCCACCAGGAGGAAAAGAGAAAGAACCAUCAUGGAAGUCAGAACCAGCUUAUUAAGUGAUUUUAAAGACCAUUUACAAAAGGACUGCUGUUUGGAUGGUAUGAAGGAAACCCCUGUUUCAUACACCUGUGAGAGGCGCACUGAGUACAUCAUGGAUGGUCCAGAAUGCAAGCAGGCCUUCCUACUCUGCUGCAACGAGAUGAGAAAACAGAGAGACGAGAGGAAGGUGGAAAUCCUACACCUAGCUCGCAGUGAGACAGAUGAUUACGUAUCCAGGGAUGAAAUAACGUCACGCUCCAAAUUCCCAGAAAGUUGGUUUUGGAAGGAUAUUCCACUAAAUAGCUGCCCUGAAAACGACCCCAAAUGUACGACUGUGUCAGCUGAGAUACCUCAACGUUUGCCGGACACAAUCACAACGUGGCAGCUGACUGCCAUCAGCAUGUCAAAAACUCAUGGUCUCUGUGUGGCCAAACCAUUGCAGAUCAUUACCUGGAAGCCGUUCUUUAUUGACCUAAGGCUGCCCUACUCAGCUGUUCAAGGAGAACAACUGGAAAUUAGGGCAAUUCUCCACAACUACAAUGACUAUUCCAUAACUGUACGCCUUGAGUUUAAAGAGGAGGCCAGUAUCUGCAGUUCAGCUUACAAAAAAAGGUGGUUUCGAAAUGAGUUCCAGGUCGGAAGCCAAACUACAAGAGCUGUACCAUUUAUCAUUAUUCCCAUGAAGCAUGGAUCUUUUCCUAUUGAGGUCAAAGCAGCUGUUAAAGGCUCUUACCACUCAGAUGGAGUCAGAAAGAUGUUGCUUGUUGUGCCUCAAGGUGUGCUGAUGAAAGAGCAAACAAGACAAAUUCUAAAUCCUGCUAGAAAAGGCGGAAGGCAAGAGGAAAUUAUUAACAGUAACAUUUCCAUGGCCUAUCUGGUUCCAAAUACACCCAAGACCACUCUGAUCUCUUUGACAGGUAUUGGGCAGAUGAAUACACUGUUGGAUAAUGUCAUUAGUGGGGAGUCCAUGAGUGAUCUAAUUAGAGCGCCCUCUGGAUGUGGAGAGCAGAACAUGGCUGGCGUGACCCUCCCUGUAAUUGCAGCUUUAUAUUUGGACAAAACCAACCAAUGGGAAAGUGUGGGCUUUGAAAAGCGCAAUGAAGCUAUACAACACAUUCGAACAGGUUACCAAGCACAGUUCGAAUUUCGUAAAGGUGAUGGAUCUUUUGCUAUUUAUCCACACAGACCAAGCACCACCUGGUUGACUGCAUAUGUUGCCAAGGUGUUUGCCAUGGCAACACCCUAUGUGCACAUUGAAUCCCAUAUGGUAUGUGGUGCUAUCAAGUUUCUGAUUCUAAAGACACAGAGACCAGACGGCAUGUUUGUGGAAGUUGGAGAGGUGUGGGACAGGACAAUGAUUGGGGAUGUGGGCGGUGUAGAUUCUGAUGCCUCCAUGACUGCUUUCUGCCUGAUUUCCAUGAAGGAGUCAAGUGAAAUGUGUUCUGACUAUGUUCCUGCCCUUUCAAACAGCAUGACAAAAGCACAAGCCUACUUGGAACAACGACUGCCGAGGCUCACCAACCCUUAUGCUGUUGCGUUGACAUCAUACGCCCUGGCAAACUUUAAAAAACUGGACCGAAACGUUCUCUUCAAGCAUGCUGCCCAAGAUCGAACACACUGGCCUGUUCAAAAGGGGAAAGAUGCUACACUGGAGGCCACAGCUUAUGCUCUUCUUGCACUUGUUAAGGACCAGGCAUUUCAAGAAGCUAAACCUAUUGUACGAUGGCUCAGCCAACAGCAAAAAUACGAGGGAGGCUACGGAUCAACUCAGGCUACUAUAAUGGUGUAUCAGGCUGUGGCAGAGUAUGCCUCCAAUGUGAAUGAGCCUCCUUUUGAUCUAAAUGUGGACAUAUCAAUCAAAGGCAGGUCACUGAUGAACAAGAUAAACUUGAACAAUCAAAAUCACUACACCACUAGAACAUCUAAGUUUGACGGCAUUAAUAAGGAUGUCACAGUAACUGCAACAGGGACAGGAGAAGCAACGUUUAAUAUGGUAUCACUUUAUUAUGCAAUCCCAACAAAAAAGGAGAGUGACUGUGAGAUGUUUGACCUGACAUUGCAUCUUUUUGAAGAGAGCUCUGAAGAAGAUAAAAGAGUGUACAAACUCAAGAUAGAAGUUUUGUACAAAAACAUGGAGCGCAAUGCAUCCAUGUCUAUCUUGGAUAUUGGUUUACCGACAGGCUAUACAUUUAACAAAAAUGACCUGGACGCAUUGUCUAAAGGGCGUGACCGCAUCAUUGAUGAUUAUGAGGCAGACAAAGAGCUAUCCGAAAAGGGAUCCCUGAUCAUUUAUCUGAAGAUGGUUCCUAACAGCCGGCCUGAAGAAAUCUCUUUCAGGAUAGAACAAAGCAUGCCAGUGGGGUUCUUGCAACCUGCUGCUGUGUCUGUCUACGAGUACUAUGAGACUGCUUCAGAGAAACGGUGUGUGAAGUUCUACCGUCCUCAGAGGGAAAGUGGCGAGUUAUUGAGGCUUUGUGAAGGCGAGGCAUGUCUCUGUGCUGAAGAAAACUGCAGUAAACAGAGAAAAGAGGGACUCAGCAAUGAUAACCGUCUUGCAAAAGCUUGUGAAUCCUCAGAAUCAAGCAAAAUAGAUUUUGUUUACAAAGUAGUUGUGGAGGAUUUUUCUGGCAAUUACACCAGCGACUCCUACACCGUGCGCAUUUUGCAAACCUAUAAGAAAGGGACGACUGAUGAGAGUCCACAGGGAAAAUACCGCACAUUCCUUAGUUACAAGCACUGCAGAGAGGCGCUGGAUCUGAAACCAAGCAAAACCUACCUGAUCAUGGGUUCAUCAUCUGAUAUUCACAUCGUUGGCACCUCAUACCGGUACAUCAUUGGUGAGACUACUUGGGUCGAGUACUGGCCGACCAGAGAAGAGUGCCAGACUGACAUACAUUACUCCGUUUGUUCGGAUUUGGAGAACAUGGAGGAUCAGUUGUUACACUUUGGAUGUAUGAUGAAGAAAUAGAAAAUGAAAAGUUAAUCUUGCUAGUUAUUCUGAAACCCUUCUUGAUAAUUGUUUUUUUUUCUUCUCCAAACAUUGUUCUAACUUGUAAAGGGAGGUUUUCAUACUUUAUAUCAACUGUCACUAACAACAGGCUCCUAUAAGUUGAUGUUUAAUGUGUAAGGUAUUCCUCACUGCAAUAGUUACAAAGAACAUGCAAAUGUAUUUGGAGGAACUGUCUGUUAUUUUAAGUGCACAUGCAAAUGGAUAAUAGUGUGAAUAAAGGAAUACAAUUAAACCCCAA